AUGGGGGGUGUUCAUGCAUGGACACAGGCCGUAAUGGGCCACUUGGUGUGUUUCAACACCUGGGGCUACAUCGCUAGCUUUGGUGUAUUUCAAGCCUACUACCAAUCCGAACUCGGAGUUUCGCCAUCCGCCAUUUCAUGGGUGGGAUCGGUGCAAAUAUUUCUCAUCUUCUUCAUUGGGACCUUUUCCGGCCGUGCUCUAGAUGCCGGUUUCUUUUACCACGUGUAUUAUGCUGGGGUGUUCUUGCAGCUGCUCGGGGUCUUCAUGACUUCCCUCGCCACCCGCUAUUGGCAGCUUUUCCUUGCUCAGGGGAUCUGCACAGGUCUUGGCAGUGGCUUGCAGUUCUGCCCAGUAAUGGGACUCGUGGCCACAUACUUCUCCAGCCGAAGGGUCUUUGCCCUGGCUUUUGGCUUGGUCGGAAGCGGGACCGGUGGUAUGCUCUUCCCGGCUCUUGUCAAAUCCCUCAUAUCAAGUAUUGGAUUUGGAUGGACAGUGAGAGUACUAGGCUUUGUGAUGGUGGCUACAAGCAUCCCAGCGACUCUAUUACUCCGGCCACGACUACCUCCACGUAGAUCGGGCCCAUUGGUCGACUGGAUCGCUCUCAAAGAACCCACCUACAUUUUAUUCAUCCUCGGGAUGUUUUUCAACUUUUGGGGGCUUUAUUUUGCUUUCUAUUACGUCGGAACUUUCGGGCGCAAUGUCCUAGGUUUGACUUAUUCGGAUUCGGACACGAUCAUCAUCGUGACGAACGGAGCUGGUAUAGUCGGACGGCUCAUCCCUGCCUACCUGGCGGAUUGCUAUUUCGGGCCCCUCAAUACAAUCAUUCCUCUUACCAUCGGGGCUAGCAUAAUGAUGUUAUGUUGGGCCGCCGUUGACUCGAACGCGGGUCUUUAUGUUUUUGCUGUCUUGUAUGGCAUGUUUUCCAACGGUGUCCAAGGCCUAUGGCCUUCCACACUGUCUAGCCUGACACCGGACCUCACCAAGACCGGAACACGUAUCGGUAUGGGCUUCACCAUUGUCAGUUUUGCCUGCUUAACCGGUCCACCUCUUGGCGGCGCUCUUAUUGCAAGGUCGCAUGGUUACAUCGGAGCACAGGUUUGGGGUGUGAUCAAGGCCAAGAUCUGA